GCAGAAUUCAAUCCGGGUUGUAGUUAUGGCUUCAAAAAAAAGGAAGUUACCGGAAGAAAACAGAAUGUUUAAUGAUUCAUGGACAGAUAAGUAUUUUUUUAUCAAUUAUAAUGGAAAACCACUAUGCUUAAUAUGCCAAAAAACGAUUACUAUUCAAAAAGAAUAUAACGUCAAACGCCACUACGAUACUGAGCAUAAAACCAAGUUUGCAUGUCUUGUGGGUGAUGGACGAAAAAUCAAAAUCAAUUCACUCAAAUCUUCAAUGAAGAACCAACAAAACGUUUUUAAGGUUCAAAUUCAAAAUAACGAGUCGAAUGUACGUGCGAGCAUAAGGGUAGCGGAAAUACUCGCAAAGUCUGGGCGACCGUUUUCCGACAGUGAACUUAUCAAACAAUGUGCCAUAGUUAUGGCUGAGGAGGUGUGCCCAGAUCAAAAAAAGAAAUUUGAAAAUAUAAGUUUAUCUGCCAGAACGUGUACCCGGCGCACUGAAGAUUUGGGUGAUAAUUUAUGCGAGCAACUUCGAGAAAAGGCACAAUUAUUUGAAUGGUUCUCAAUAGCUACCGAUGAAAGUACUGACGUUUCAGAUACUGCCCAGCUCCUAAUAUUCGUUCGUGGAAUCGAUGAGAACUUCAAUGUAUGUGAGGAACUUUUACAGUUAUGUAGUUUGAAAGGAACGACUACAGAAGAAGAUCUUUUUCGUCAAUUAGAACAAGCGUUAGUAUCAAUGCAAUUACCAUGGAAAAAAUUGGUAAGUGUAACAACUGACGGAGGCAGAAACAUGAGUGGACAAAACAAGGGCCUGGUUGGUAGAAUAAAAACCAAAAUGACAGAGAUAGAAUGCGAUAUCCCAUUAUUUUUUCAUUGCAUCAUCCACCAGGAAGCUUUAUGUUGCAAAGUUCUAGCAUGGCAAGAAAUAAUGAACGUCGUCAUAUCCACUGUGAACUACAUCAGAAAAAAUGGAUUGACACAUCGCCAAUUUCAACAGUUUCUUUCAGAUAUGGAAGCAGAUCACCGAGAUGUCCUGUAUUAUUCUGAAGUGAGAUGGUUAAGCAGAGGCGCAGUACUGAAAAGAUUUUUUGAUCUCAGAAAAGAAAUCAACACUUUCAUGGAUGAAAAAGGUAAAUCUGUUCCAGAACUCACAGAUCCUCAGUGGUUAAUAGACCUUGGAUUUUUGACAGAUUUAACAAAUGAGUUGAAUACGCUGAAUGUAAGGCUUCAAGGAAAAAACAAAUUAAUAUCUGAUAUGCACACAGAUGUAAAAGCAUUUCAAAUGAAAAACAAGCUGUUCAUAACACAUAUCAACGAAAAGAAGUUGGAUCAUUUUCCGAACUGCAAGAAGGCUGUGGAGGAAGCUGGAAUGCAUUUCAACUGGAAAUGCGAUAAAAUGAAGAGCAUUUUAAUACAGCUACAAAAUCAAUUCAGCGACAGAUUUGGUGAUUUCGAGGAAUUGUCUGGCAAACUGAAGGUGUUCACAAACCCUUUUUCUUGUGAUAUUGAGGAUGUUCCCAGUCAUUUACAAAUGAACGUGAUUGAUCUCCAAUCUAAUGACACUCUGAAAAACUCUUUCCAUGAAAUGAAAGAUCUUGUUAAAUUUUAUGGCAGUUUGCCAUCUGAUUUUGACGAAUUGAAAAGAUUUGCUCUGCAAUUGAUUACAUUUUUUGGUAGUACUUACUUAUGCGAACAAACCUUUUCGAUUCUUAAUUACAGGAAAAAUAAAUAUGCUUCUCGUCUCACAGAUGAGCAUUUGAGAGCUAUUCUACGGAUUGCAACUACAAACCUGAAAGCUAACAUACAACAAAUAGCCACUCAAAUACAGCCUCAAACGUCACACUAA